AUGCAAGAUCAUGCCAUCGUCGAGAGUCAUGCUCCACAGCUCAUCGUUGCUGAAGACGAACGAAUUCUUGUCGAGGAAAUGGUCGGAGACGAAGUCGUUUUUCAAGAGAAGUGAGCGUUUUGUAGAAACAUCCCUUGAAUAAAAAAAACUACAGAAGCAUUGUCGAUGCCGUCUAUUCUAUCAAAGACCAACUAGCAAAUCUUCAGAACGAGUUCCACCGACUGAACAAGGUAGAUAUAUUUUAGAGCGAUUUUUUUUUCAUUUUUAACUGUCUCACAGGUAGUCGAGAUGGAGCAAAAAGCUCGCAGAAGACUUGAACAUUUUUUGCCGAAGAGCAUUUCCAACAACACUAUCGACAGCAAUUCCGCCCUGAACGAAUCUGGAAGACGGGACAGCGCAAUGAACUGA